AUGGAGGAGGUGGAUGAGAUGGUUGUCCGACUGGCUGCUUCUCUUGGACUGGCAGAUGUGCGCAGGCCGGUGGAUCUUCGGCCGGCUUGUGGAGAAGGUUUGAGGCGUUCGCAGACGUAUCUGGUGGGGAAGUUGCUUACGGCUAGGGCUUUUAACAAAAGAUCGUUCAUGGGCAUGUUCUGUCGUGCAUGGAGAUUGAAUGGACGGUACACCGCUCAGGAACAUGGAGACCGUUUUCUGUUCACCUUGACGGAGCCAACUGACCGCAACCGCAUCCUUCGAGGUGGUCCUUGGGGAUUUGAUAGAGCUCCGGUUGUCCUAGCACCGUAUGAUGGGGUGGGAGCGAUCAAGGAUGUCCCGCUCUCUACACUAGCCUUCUGGAUCAAGGUACGUGGGCUGCCACCAGACUUUCAUACCGAUCGGUGCUUGAGAAGAAUUGGCAGUGCUUUGGGGUGGUAUAUGCAGAAAGACAUAACAGAGUUUGGAGAGGGAAGGAUUCGGAUCCGAGUUGAGAUGGAUCUUUUGCAGCCUGUGGUUUUCCGACGGAGCUUCACGAUGGAUGAUGGGAUUGACAUAGAUCUGGAUUUCUUCUUUGAAAACCUUUAUGGAAGAUGUCAAGAUUGUGGUUUGAUUACUCAUGUGGGUUUACCAUGUGCUGGGCCCGCCCUUGCCGGCGGAGGUCAGGAGUGA